CGGGAGUUUCUGAGCGGGGCCACUCCUUCGCUGGAUAGGACAGCCCUCAACAAGGUUGAUGAUGAGACCCUCGAGUCAAAGAUCCUCCGGUCCUCCCUUACUGCCUACAUAGCCCUCUGUGAACAUGCCCGGAGGUUCGAUGAGUGGCGCCUUCAUCAGGCGCAACACGAUGAGGCUAUGAAGAAGCUCAUCCACGAUAAUGCUGAGAUCGUGAGGUAGAUGGUCCGGCUAGAAGAGGAGCUUCGGCAGGCAAAGGCCGUGGCAGAAAAGGCAACCAACGAGAAAGCUGAAGCCGAGAGGGCCGCUGCCGAGGCCGCGAAGAAAGGUGCCGAGGAGGCUGAGGCCGCUAAAGUGGAGGCUGUCGCUGGUGCUGUUGCUUCCUUCAUUUCCGAGGGGUGGAGGGCCGAAGGCCACAAAGACUGGGUGGCUUCGGUGGUGGAGGCAUCCGCCGACGAGUGGGUGAGAGGCCCCGGGGCGAUGUGGCUAGCCCGAAAAGGCGAAGAUUAUUAUGCUGGGGGGAGUUCUUCACCCACGCCCUCGUCUACCGGAGGCUUGCCCAACACUUCGGGGUGGACCAAAAGGACUUUGAUCCUGCAGCUUACGGCCUCUCCCCUUCAGCUAGAUCCUGCAGCUUGCGG